GCGUCUUUAUCAAAAGACCCUUCGUUUGGCUGAGAGAACCACCAUCUCCAGUAGGGCAAAGUCCUGAGGUCUGUUUCCAAAGAUCAAAGACGGCGGGAUUUGGCAAAACCAAGAGACCAACGUAAAAAUGGACUUCAUAAACUACUUUAGACCAAAGCAGAUGGCGAGAGACUAUGUUGCCUAUCAUGCGGAGAUGAGCUGCUUGGAUAUAAGAAUUGCACAGCAGAAAGACGAAAUGCACAAGCUUUCAGAAGAUGCCUGUAAAGAGGAAGAGCGGCUUUCUCAAGAGGAGAAAAUCAAUCAAGAGAAGGAUACAGAAUUACUGAGGUCCUUCGAGGAGAGUGAGGGAGAUUAUUUACAGGCCCAGAAAGAGGCUUAUGACAAGAUAGUAAAGAAACGGCACACUGAUGACCGGCUCAAAAAGAUGCAAAGAGAGCAGGCCAAGAUUGAAAAUCAUAUCUAUGAGCUUGAGGAGAAUCUGAAUCAGAGCGAUCUGAUCAAAGAAUUUCUCACCAUUGUGUCCCCUCCUGAUUUGGAGUCUGAAGAUGAGUAUCAUCAGAUGUUUCUGGAUUGUCCUGAGAAAGUGAUCGAGUUGUUGAUGUUCGUGGAAAGGGAUGUUGAAAGAGAUGUCUGUAAUGCUCAGAAGGACACCACAGAUGAGGAGGAGGAGGAGGAGGAGGAGGAGGAGUACAUGAACAAUGAGAAAAAAAUAAUUUUAGUUUUUUUUCUACAUUGACGGAAUGCAUAUGUACCCUUUUCACAGAAUACAAUGAUGCGUUUCUGCCUUAUUUAGCAACAUUUGUAUUGUAUGUUUUGUUCAGGCAAAAGGAGUUGAACAGUUUGAUUCAACAGAUCAGACUCAGCACUCAGGACGUUGAGACAGAGAAAAAACUCGUGGAUGAGCUCAAAGUGAAGGUCCAGUUAUAUAGCUCUGACAACACUAAGAGCAGAGGGAAGAAGGAGGAAAAAAUAGAUCAAAGGGUCAGGGAGAUGUUCGAGUGCUUCGGGACAGAAUUCUGUAACCUCUGCACACUCAGCCGGCUUGCUCACAUCGAGAGUCACCUGGCUGAUCUCCUGGACAUGCUGGAAAUGAUUCCUGAAUGGACAUUCAUCAAAGCACAGAAGGCUUUCAAGAAAGAAAAGAGAAUAAGGCAGGAGACAAAAAGAUUGAUGGAGAUCGAAAGGAAACGGGAGGAGUGGCGCAAGAACAUCCUGGAGCAAGCUCUGUCUGAGAUAAAGAGACCCACCAGUAAAAAGCAGAUGACCCGCAGCUUCCUUCCGCUGAGGAAGAAGAGAGCAGAGAUUCCUGAUCCUCUCUACAACAUGGGGAUGGAAGAAAUCAGGGAUGGCAUCUUCUUUUAAACAUGUGUCCCGAUGUGUAUGUGUGUGUGUGUGUGAAUGUUUGCGUGAGUGUGUGUUUUGUGUGAGUGUGAAUGUUUGCGCGUUCGUGUUUGUGUGUGUGUGUGUGUGUGUGUGAAUGUGUGUGUGUGUGGACACUUAAGGGAAUAUGUUUUAAGCAAACUCUCCUGUCAUGAGUAUAUGUGUCUGAUUGUGGCAGUUUUGUUCUAUAAACAUGUUCAGACCAUAUUACACAGUUGAAAGAAUUACUUUUUGUAUUCUCGUUAGAAACUCAUCACAGUAAUUCAGUAACAGUUUUUUUUUUUUUACAUUUUAAAGUUAUAUUCCAGCAUUUGUGGCAUAAUGUUGAUUUAGCACAUCAAUGAAUCUCGACUCGUCCCUCCUCUUCUUUUAAAAAGCAAACAUCUGGGUUACAGUGAGACUUACAAUGGAUGUGAAUGGGACAGACAUGUUCUUAAGGUUUGGUGAGAUUAGCAAUAAGAAUUGCUCAAAACAAUCAAUAAAGACAAUAAAGGUUAAUUGAGAAUGUAGGGAAUGUUGUCUAAUCACCUCUUCCUUAUAGUUUCACACAGCUUUAAUCCAUUGAUCCAUGCAGAAUUACUGUCCAUCUGGGUCACUGCGGGGAGAGAAGCCCACCGCUGUGACAUCAUCAGUGUACUCCAUCAUACAUGACUACACAAUAGACUAUUUUAAGUGUAUGCUAAAAUAUUUUCCAGUAUCCAGUUUUCCCUUAGCAACCACAUGAUGAUUCUAAUUGCCUGUUUUCUGUUUCUGGUCUAAAGAAA